AUGAGGAUGAAGGUGAAGAAGAUGAAGACGACCCCACUCCGGGUAUCUCGGACUUCAGGGUUUAGGAGGACUGACUCAGGACUCUACCGAAGUUGCCAUGGGCCCUUCCAAUCACCGCGUCAAUCUCCCAAGCCUGAACAGACUGAUGACAGCAGCAGCAUGGAGUCUUUGAACUCUGACAUUCAGAAACUGAAGGAGAGACGGAACAUGCUGGACAAGGAGAUUUCCCAGUUAGUAAAAGACUUACCUGAUGGUGCCUGCUCUCCGUUGCUCUUCCCCAGAGGCUACCGUGUGGGUGAACUGGAGAACCAUAUCUCCCUCCUCCACAAGUACAAUGAUGUCAAGGAUGUGGCACAGAUGCUGCUGGGAAAGCUGGCUCUGACCCGAGAUGUCACCACCAAGGAGUUAUAUCCAGAUUUUGGUCUAGGCCUGAGUGACUGAGCAGAGUCUUGCAGAUUUUUAUCUAUAGCUCACAGGGACAGGUGGAUGGGGACAUAAAAAGCAGAGAGCCCAAACAGUACAUUCAUAUGGUUUCCAGAUAAAAAAUACUAGAAGCCCAAAAUUUCCUAAAGGGUCCAAAUUAAGUUUAGGAUGGGUCCUAGAGAAAGGGGUGGGUGGGAGGG